AUGGCUGUCAGUGGUGGGGUUUACCCCAUGGAUCAUGCGAUGGGGUAUUCUGGUGAGUUCAUGUCUUCAGUUUUCCUUUAUCUGCUUGGUUUCGCGAUCGGGGGGUAUCCAGCAUCCACAGCUCCACAACGUACAAAUCACCACAGCUGGAAUGCACGGGUCCAAUUGACUCUGGUCCCUCGACCGCAGGCGUGCAAGCUGGUGAAGCUGGUGAAGCUGUUGAAGGCUGGGGUUCCGGAAUCGAAGCGGGUCUUCCCGGUUCUCGCCACACAGAAAGCUAUCCAGAGCUGA